CAGCUGCAGCAGCUUCUUGCUGCUGCUGGAGCCCCAGGGACAGCUGCAGCGCCUGCUGCAGAGGUCAAACAGCAGCAGAGCAACGGCUACCUUGGUGCAGCAGCUGCAGCGCCCGGGGCUCGGGCAGCAGAGGCAGCCGCAGACGCUGCUGCAGCAAAAAAGCCAGCAGCAGAUACUGCUGUUACAACAGAGCCAGCAGCCGACACUGCUGCUGCAACAGAGCCAGCAGCAGCAACAGAAGCAGCAGCAGCAACAGCAGCAGCAGAAGCGCCUGUGGGCUACCACGUGGUAAUUGUUGGGGGCGGCGUCGCCGGGCUUGCAGCAGCAGCAGUGCUGCGGCUCUUUGGGGUGUCUGUGCUAAUUGUGGAGGCAGGGCAGCAGCUGGGGGGCCGCGUGCGCACUGCUGCAAUGGAGACCUUAGCAGCAGCAGGGACGCAGCAGCAGCAGCAGCAUGACCUCAAGCAACUGAUGCUGCCGCCCAAUCGCAUGAAGACAAGCGCCGCAAAAACCAGAGAGCCCCGCUUCUGGAAGUAUGUGAUGCCUACAAGCCCGAAGCAGCAGGCCGUAGCAGCAGCAGCAGCAGCAGCAGGAGCAGCAGAGGAGGCGGGAGGUAGACGCACACGCUCGCAAAAACGAGCGGCGAGAGCAGCAGCAGCAACAGCAGCAGCAGCAGUAACGGCAGCAGCACCAAACGCAGCAAAGAAACUUGCUCGAGGCCCGGUCGAGCCCGCGUGCUCCCGGUCCGCAUCUUCUGCUGCUGCUACUGCUAGUGCUGCUGCUGCUGCGGCGGCAAAGAGUGAGAAGCAGGGGACAGCGACAGCUGCUGGUGCAGCAAAAACAGAGGCACCGGCCGCAGAGACUGCUGCACCAGCAACUGAGGAAGCAGCAGCAGCAACGCCAGCCAGUGGGAGCCCAGCAGCAGCACCUGCAGCGUCAGAAGCAGCUGCAGGACUCGAUUUGGUAGCAGCCACAAAGUGCAGCAGCAGCAGCAACAGCGCAUUGCGGAUGUGCAUUGACUUGGGCGCCAAUUGGCUCAUGAGGGACCGCAGCAGCCCGCAGUUUGUCUGGCGUUUUGCUGCGCGGCUGGGUGUGCCUUCUGUGGGUUUUUGGGGCAACUGGAGACACCGCUUCAACUGCAGCAGCCGGAGCAGCAGCAGCAGCAAACGCAGCAGCAGACGCAGCAGCAGCCUCCGCAAAGACGUCCGCGGCCGCCCCCAAGAAGCGGGUGCAGCUUCACCAACCACUCUCGCUGCAGCACCCGCGCCCUCGGCUGCUGCACCAGCAGCAGCAGCAGCAGCAGCGCCGCCAGCAGCAGCACCAGCAGCAGCACCUGCAGCAGCAGCAGCGGGGCCGGAUGGGGACAGCAACAGCGAAGGCGCAGCAAGCGGGGUGGAGGGCGGCGGGGGCGGCUGGGAGCCUCUGGUGCAUGCAGCACAAUGGCGAGAUGAUAUGGGCCAAAUAAUUCCAGCAGCAAGAAUUGCGUUUCUUAAGGACUUGCAAGAUGCUGCUCUCGUUGCUGCUACCAUGACCCAAGCUGCCAGAGACAGAGCCCUGAGAAGGGCCCCCGGCACCCACGUAAGGCUCAAGCAACAGCAACAGCAGCAGCUUUGUCAGCAGCAGCCAGGGUGGGAGCAACAGAGCCAGCAGCGGCUAAAGGGCGAAGGCAGCAGCAGCACAGGCAAAGCUGCUGCUGCUGCUGCUGCUGCUCAUGGUGAAAGCCCGCCAGCGCGUGAUGAUGCGUCAGAGGCCUCAGCAACUCCAUCGACUACCGCAACUGUCGCAGCAGCGUCAGCAUCAGACGCAUUAGCAGCAGCAGCAGCAGCCUCACCAAGAGCCGCUGCAGCAACAGCACCAGCAACAGAACCAGCAGCAGAAGCAGCAGUUGCUGCUAAACCGCGAAGUCUAGGGUCGGCACUGCGCGACGCUGUUCGCUUUAUUGUUAAAGAGCAGCACGCGCUCGGGCUGCCCAACUUGCGCGAGUUGUCCUAUGGCCGUGCUGCAUGCAGCAGCAGCAGCAGCAGCAAAAACAGCAGCAGCAAAAACAACAGCAGCACCAGCAGCAACGCGCGCAGUCGCCACUGCAAGCGGAAGCUUUCUACAGGCUCUGGAAGCAGCAACGCUCCUCAAAGUCGCAGCCGCCGCACCAGCAGCAGCAGGGCCGGCAAGCGGCAUCAAAGCAGCAGCCACCGACGCUGCGGUGAAGGAAGCAGCAGCUGCAGCAGCAGCUGCAGCAGCAAGCUUACCGCAACUGACAUCCAGAUAGUUUGGAAGAUGCUGCAGCGAUCUCUUGGCUACGUCUGCAGCUUUGACCGACUCGCAGCAGAGGCCCUAGCCCCUUUCUCUUCCGAUGAAGACGAAGCAGCACCUGCUGCUGCUGCUGCCCCUGCUGCUGCUGCUAUUGCUGCAGCAAACGGAAGCGAGCCCAUGACAGCCGCGCGACUCAGUAGAGUUUCAGCAGCAGCGGCAGCAAACGCCUCUGCUGGUGCUGCUUCCGAGGGCGCCGACGCCGCGAACUGCAGCCGCAGUGCUUCCAACAGCAGCAGCAGAGAUGGCAGGGGAAAGAGGCGCGGCGCUGCAGGCGGCGCAGCAGAAGCAGCAGCAGCAGCAGAUACAGUAGCAGCGCCAGACGCAAACGCAGCACAAGCAGCAGCAAAAGGUCACCACAGCACGAGCCAGAACACCCUGACUGAUCUAAGUAGACAGCACGGAUCCCAGUCCAGCGACGGGCUCGCGCCACCGAGCCCACCCCCGCAGCAGCAGCAGCAGCAGCGUGCGCGUCGGCCCCGCGGCGAGCCGAUUUUCUCCUUUUUGCGGGCAAAAGAUUAUCAGAUUUUGGGGCGCCUCGAAAGCCUGCGGUGCCUGCGCAGCCGCGUUGGGCCAACAGCAACUCCAACGCCGUGGGACAGAAGGGCGGAGAGCUUCGACAGGCUUUUUAUUCAGGGGUACGCGUGGCUGCCGCGGGUCCUGGUUCGGGGCUUCGACCUUCCGAGCUGCUGCCUGUUGGGCUGGAGGGUGCGGGAAGUAGAAAUGCUCCAGCAGCAGCAGCUGCAACAGCAGCAGCUGCUGCUGCAGCAACAGAAGCGGGAAAAGGAGACACCACAGAGAGCAGGAUGGGGCACAGCAUCUAGCUGCCGCGACACUGAGAAUGGAUCCCUAAAUCGAUCUCAAUCCCGAUCCCGAUCCCCGUCUUGGGACUCAACACGUUCGCGUUCGCCCUCUCAGGAGUCUGCGCUUGGCCCGACGCUGCAGCAGCAGCAGCAGCUGCAGCAGCAGCAGAAACAUGCAGCCAUCAGGGAAGCCGCUGUAGACCUGGCAAGGGCUUUGCAGGAGCAAAAGCCAGCAGGGCCAGCUGCCAACAACGCUGGUGCUCCGGAUGCUGCUGCUACGGCAGCAACAAAUAAGAUAGCUGCAGCAGCAGCAGCAGCGGCAGGGGACCCGCAGCCUCUUCAGUGGGUAUCGCCAGAAUACAACUUCAUUCGGCUCCACCUGCGCCGGCACUGCGAAGCGCCUGAGCUGCAAGAACUGCAGCAGGGGAAACCGGUGGCCUCCAAAGAGCAGCAGCAGCAGCAUCAGGCGCAGCAGCAGCAGCAACAGCAACAGCACCAGCAAGAAGAGGAAGCAGCGGAGGAGGCUUGUGUUUGGGCAAUGCGAGUCAUAGUAGCCGUGCCUAUUGGUGUCUUGCAAAACAAGUUAAUUUCGUUUUCUCCCCCCCUUCCCUCAGAGAAGCAAAAAGCCAUUAGCCGAUGGGGCUCAGGCAGCCACAACAAAGGCAUUUUGGCUGCGCGAGGGCCAGGCGUACUUCAUCAGCCCCACCUGCAGCAGGAGGUUUCAGUUCAUGAGCCUCCACCAGUUUGGAGCCCCCGGCUGUUUGGUGGCUCACGGCUUCAACUCGACGAGCUGGCUGAAGGUUCGGAGAGACAGAAACAGGCGCAUACGGGCAUUGCUGCAGCAGCAGCAGCAGCAAGAGGAGGUGAAAAACGCACGUCAGCCGAGCAAGCCAUGCAGCAGCGGCAACUGCAACGGCAUCGGAACCCCCAGUACAACCAUGCACCUGCCCAGCAAGCCGCGUAG